UCUACAGUGAUCCAAAGCUGUCCAUCAUGUCCCUGUCUUUGUCCUUGUCUUCCUCCAGGCUGUCUGGCUACUCAGGUGGUUUGGGCCGGGCUGGAGGUGGUGCUGGAGGCAGGCUAGGCCUGGGACUUGGUGCUGGAGCUGGUCUGGGGCUUGGUGCAGGUGCUGGCCUGGGGCUUGGUCUAGGCUUUGGUGCUAGUGCUGGUCUUGGCCUGGGUUUGGGUGCUGGAGCAGGGUUUGGCCUAGGUGCCGGUGGAGCUGCAGGUGCACUAGUUGCUAGCCCAGCAUUUGCCAUGGGCCGCACCAUCGCUGCAGGAGGGCUGAGUGCAGGAUCUGCUCUGGCAGCUGGCCCUGCUCUGGGCUCCUCCGUGGCCCCUGUGCUGUCCCGUGAGGCUGAGAAAAGCACACUGUCCAGCCUGAACGACCGCUUCUCCACCUACAUGGCCAAAGUGCGUGCGCUGCAGCAGGAGAAUGCUGCCCUAGAGGCCAAGCUGUCCCAACUGACCGGAGGUGCUGACAUGUCCCCCGAGGCGUCCGGCACCACCACAGUGGAGUACGAGGCCCAACUUAGUGAGUACCGCAGCACCCUGCAGAUCCUCACCCUCGACACCAUCAAACUGGAAAUAGAGCUUGACAACGUCCGCGGCACCGCCCACGAGCUCAAGGCCAAGCUCGAUUUUGAACAAGGGGUCAAGUUCCAGCUUGAGUCGGACAUUGCUGCCAUGAAAAAGGAUAUUGAAGCAGCGUCCGACCUAAAAAUUGAUCUGGAUGCAAAAUAUGCCAGCCUUAAGAGUGACCUGGACUUUGUCACCAAAACACAGGAAGAGGAGCUGUCCACUCUGCAGUCCAAACUGGGCACAACCACCAUGGACACUUCAGUCUCCAUGAUUGAAGUGGACACUGUCAAGUCCUUUGACAUCUCUGCUGCACUCAAUAAGAUGAGGGUGGAGUAUGAGAAGUCUGUCCAGCAACACAGAGAGGAGGCCGAAGCCUACUACAAACUCAAGAUGGAUGAGAUACAGACUGCUAACGUUAAGAGCACACAGGCUGUGUCAGCAACCAAAACUGAGAUUACAGCAGCCAGGAAGGAGCUACAGACACUGGGUAUCGAGCUACAGGGGCUCAUCACACAAAACAUGACCCUGGAGCAGAGUCUGGCUGAGGCCAGUGCCCAGUCCAGCGUGGGGGUUGCUGAGUAUCAGGCCCAGAUAGCCAGCCUCACGUCAGCCAUCGAGGUGGCUAAAGCUGACCUUCAGAAACAGAUCCUGGCCUACCAAGAGCUGCUGGAUGUCAAACUGGCCCUUGACGUGGAAAUCUCCACCUACAAGAAACUGCUGGAAGGAGAUGACUUCAAAUUGCCAGACUACACAGAGACAUCCUACACUUUUUCAGCUGGUGGAAAAGGAAUACAAGUCAAAGAGAUCAUCACAGAGCACACAGAGACAUCAGUCAUCAGUGAUGUGGACGAUGCAGAGUCCUCCUGAAUGCUCAGCCAUUUUUAGAGGUGUCUGCCCAGCCAACAUGCACACAUUUCCCUCCCUACUAUUCCAAUAAAGCUGCAUUCCAAAUAAAA